AUGGCUCACAAAAUCAAAGCUAUCAAUAAACAAUUAAACCAAAUUGCAACUGAUAUGAAAAUGUUACAGUUUCAAUCGACUGGUGAAACUAGUCGUCGAUACGAUGACCAAACUGCUGAGAAACGUAAGCGUCUAACUGCUUCAUUCUUUGGUGAUGAUUCAAAAAUUGUAGGAAGGGAGCAUGAUAAGUCAGAGAUAGUAAAGCUACUAACCUCAUCAGUAUCAUCAUCUUCUAUACAUUCCAAUCAACAAGAAAAAGUGUCUGUCAUAUCUAUAGUGGGUAUGGGGGGAUUGGGAAAGACCACUUUGGCUCAAUCCAUCUACAAGUUAGUAGAAAAACAUUUUCUAUACAGAAUAUGGGUUUGUGUGUGUUAA